CUUUCAGGUGCGUGGUGGCGGUUGCGUGACGGCGGCCACGUGAAACGUACAUGUAUGCGCCCCAAGCAGCAGACACGCCAUCACCAUUGGUCGUCACCGUUGUCGUCUUCGCAGGCGCACCUUCGUCGUCGACGUGUACGUCGUGCACUCCUGUCGGCAGUCCUCGGGAUCGCUGUUGUGCGCCCCUACAGACGUGGAGUCUUCUUUACUUCGCGCCCGAGGCGUCCACAGUUGAAGUUGUCGGCGAUGGACAUGAAUGGGGAGGUGGGGCGUGACACACUCAGCAAGACGGAGUGGACGGCGGUGGUAGUUGUCGUCAACGCCAUCCUCAUCCACUGUCAGGUGCAGAGGACCGAGGGGAGGAUGAAAGCGGCCAUUCGCGCACGGAGGAAGAAGACGUUGCCGUCCUUGAAUGUGGAGGAAGAUGAUAGUGCUGCCAUUUGUGACGCCAUACUGCACGUCUGUUACACCAUGGGGUGUGGAGGGUUUCCCAGAGCCCCGCCCAGGUGGUGGAUGAAGCGACGGACAGGGGGGACGUGGGAGGAUCAGCGGCAUUGCGACGACGCGACUGCGGACUACUUCAAGGACAAGCUGCGCAUGUCGCCACGUGUGUUCCGAGAGAUAGCGAAAACUUUGUCUCCCUUCCUUGAACGGCAUGUGACUUUCUAUAGGGAGCCCCUCCAGCCUGACCACAUUGUCGCCUACGCUUUGUACAGAUGGGCGUCGGGGGAGACUUACCAGAGCGGGACAUGCAGCUUCGGCAUUGGCAGAUCUUCUGGGUUGGUGGCUGUGCGGGAUGUAACUGCGGCGUUGCUAACUGCCUACCCCGACAAGAUAUCGUGGCCAACGGGACUGCAGAAGGCGGUCGUUUUGCGCGCUUUUGCUAACAAGGGUUUCCCCAACUGCCAUGGGUGCAUCGACUGCACCCAUAUCUUCAUCGACAAGCCAGUGAAUUGCCCCGGGGAGGACUACUACGACAAAAAACGUUGUUUCUCCGUCCAGGCGCAGGUGGUCGUCGAUCUGAGCUUGCGCGUGCUGGAUAUGUUUGUCGGAUAUCCGGGAAGUUGCCACGAUGUGAGGAUCGUCCACCUAUCGAGUUUAUGGGCGCGUGCGGAGGCAGCGGAGCUUUUCACUGGACCACGUGUCAUGCUGCCUUUCGGUGUGCAGACGAACGGGUAUCAGCUGGGCGACAACGGUUAUCUCCCCUCCGAAUGGGUCACCGUGGUCGUCCCCUACGGCGGUCUCGCACAACACACAUCGGAGUUGCGCUUCGACAACAAGUAGAAGACGACAAGGGGAGCAGUCGAGAGGGCUUUCGGCAGAUUGAAGGGGAUGUGGAGGUUGUUCCUUCGCUCCCACAAGACAUACAUGGAGACGUU